CGUGCGUUUCGUCUCAUCUCGCCUCGUCCUCUUCCACCCGUGCGGACCAACCUGUGCGGUUGUACCGUGCGGACGGUUUCUUCGCCUCCCUGAGAGUCCAUCGGGUCCAUCGUCGCGUCUCUCCUCUCGGUCCAUCAGUCGGCCAUCGGAGUUUACCUGAUUCGCCAGCACCGUGCCGUUACGUCUCUCGAUCUCCGUAUUUAUCGAUGACGCGAUUAAUAUCGUAUGAGGAACGCGACAGCGUCACAGAGUUUAUUAACGUCUUCGAUAAUCGAGAAAGAAAGAGAGAGGAGAAAAACGAUAACUAGGAUAUUCCUCCGGCAGAUGAGACAUCGUGGAUUUAACUAUGAUAUGACUCGAUGAUCUCGAGGUCGAAUUAGGACGAAUCUUUUCUUCGUUUCAUUUGGCAUCCCGAAGAAAUAAAAUCGGUAUACUCGAGAACGCAUCAUUCGAUGAGAGAUAAAUCGAGGGUCUAGAGUUUUAAAGAGUGAACCUCUCCUCUUAACACAUCAUCAUCAUCAUCAUCGAUUUCUGUCUAAUAUUUCCCGGAGCCGAUAACGAAGUGAAUCUCUGGGUGAUCUACGAGUUCGUAGGAAUCGGAAUAUUUAAUAUCGAGAUAAAAAAAGAUCCGAUGCGUAUAAGGUCGACGCAGGGUCGGCUAAGUAGCCAUAAAGAAGAUUCGGCGACCUAUCCGACCCGAUAAAUCGCGCCCUGAUAACCCUCGAUUAAUUAUCGAAUCUCUCUUCCUGCGACGGAAAUCUUUUACCGAGAAUCUCGCUCAUCUGCGACAAAAAAAUCCACGAGAUGCGCUUUAUCUCCCGACGAGAUUUGCUACUCGAUUUAUCAUCGAUUAUGUGACAUUAUUUGAGUGACAUUUAUAUUUAUGUCAAAAGCAUCUUUUUGAGUUCGCGAAUCUUUGACAUUUAUAGUUUUUAGUGAUUGUGUGAAUAUCGAUCGUCAGUGAAAAAAGUGUUUUGCAUCGUGGAUUUAACAAGAAUAAAAAUGGAUAUCCAUCACAAUAAUAACGAUUUAUCUUCGAUGGAAAGUAAAGCCAGCUCGUCCAGCAACGAACACAGCGGCAAUAAUUCUUUGGACGAUGCUGUGGGUAAAUUAUUGCAAGGAUACGAUUGGACGCUGCUUCCGGUGACUUCGCGCGCCGGCGGACGAAGAAGCGCUCACGUGAAGCGUCCCAUGAACGCUUUUAUGGUGUGGGCGCAGGCGGCAAGGCGAAGACUCGCCGACCAGUAUCCGCAAUUGCACAACGCUGAGUUGUCGAAGACGCUGGGAAAAUUGUGGAGGAUUUUGAGCGACGGCGAGAAGCAACCGUUUGUCGAGGAAGCCGAGAGACUGCGAAACGCGCAUAAGAAGCAACAUCCGCAUUACAAGUAUCAGCCGCGUCGAAGGAAGCCAAAAUCGGACGAUCAGAUGGGUAUCAUCAUGCACCGAGGUGGGCUUGCGUCGCCCGGUACCUCCCUCGAUUCCUCAGCCGGUUCUUCGGACUGCACUUACACCCGUCUAUAUCCGGAUGCUGCUGUGAAGUCAUACGAGCGACCGGCGACUUAUCACGACCCGGCCAAGUCCAGUGCUUACGAUCUGGCCAGACCAGUCUGGGUCAACGAGACGGUCGCAAAGUAUCCUGCUGCAGAUCAUCUCGGCAAGUCAACGUACGAGACGACGUCGAGGAGCUACGCCGAGGUAAAGUGUCACGAGGUCGCCAAGUAUCAUCACGAGAUGACCGGCACCAAGUACCACCACCAUCACGAGCCAGCGGUUACCACCAAGUACCCGGAUCUGCAAACCAAAUCUUACGAACUACCCAAAUAUCCGGAGACCAAAGGAUAUCCAGACGGUCUAAAGUAUCCCGCGGAGAUGAGCGGCGCCGCCGCCGCCGUUAAAGCGCCUUAUGCCUGUGUACACGGACAAUAUUAUCCCACCACGGAGGGAUACACCGUCCACAGCGAGGAAAAUGAUUAUCAGCCGCAGAGCGUAUCGUCACAUCCCUCUUUUUAUCCCUACAUAUCGGCGGCAUCCAUGACGCAACCACCGUAUUACAUGGGACCACGAUAGAUCUCGCGAGUCUAUUAAAGGUGAUGUGAUGCAAGACUAUUCUUACAGUCGAAAAAUUAUACUUUCUCUUCGCA